AUGUCUCCCACUGAUAGAUUUGUUCUGUCUGCUGCUCUGCUGUGUUUCGUCCUUAGUUUUGCUUGUCAUCUUGCUCUGGCAGAACCCACAAUAGAAAGAGGCCCGCAGGAUGCCUUUGUUCGGGAAGGAGACACUGUCGAGUUCACCUGUGACUUUACAAACGUAGGCAAUUCUACCAUCUACUGGUAUCAUCAAGAGAGUUACCUUAGCUUUGAUAGACAGCUAUAUCCAAUGCCCACUCUACCCCCACAGCUGGAACAACGUCUGUCCAUUAUCGGUGACGAGAGCAAAGACGAGUUUACUUUGAGGAUCACAAAUGUACAGGAAACCGAUGAAGGGACAUAUUCGUGUCUGUAUGGUUCUCCCGGGGCUUUACCGGAGAGUGCUGGCACGGCUAAGCUUAUCUUGUUGGUUGCACCAAGCCCACAGUCACCAUGGUGUAGUGUAGAACCUGCAUCAGGGGCUGUGGGAGACAAUGUGGAUCUGAGUUGUAAUGUUCAAGGUGGAAAACCUGCUCCAAACAUCACAUAUUACAAGGAGAAUGAACAGUUGGUAGGUCCUGUGACUAAUUCAAUUCGUCAUCGAUAUCAGUUAAAAGCUCAGGACAAUGGUGUGAUUUUCACUUGCAUCAUGACCACACCUGCCUUGGAUGAGCCGCGUAACUGCUCUGCGAUGCUGCAGGGAAUCUUACCGACUGCCACCAUCCUACCUGCAGUAUCUAGAGUUGAAGAGGGGACUUCUACAUCUUUCCAAUGUAAUGGGGAGGGCUUGCCUAAUAUCGCCAACUACAGUUGGAAAGUAAUCGACACUGAAACUGGACACACCCUACCGACAGAGAGGUACAUAGUGUCUGAGGAUGGGCAAACAUUGGAGAUAGCAGUGAUGGAGAAUCUUGAAUUGGUCUGCAUUGUCAGUGUGCCGUCUGGACUGUCCGGUAAUACCACCGCGAGGGUUGAAGUAAACUACCGGGAACAGACAACAACGAGUGUCACUUCCACAUGGGUGCAGCGGGAAGAGACAACUGGGAGUAGCAGGUCCACAGAGUUACCCAAAGAAAAACCCUUCAAGCAACCACCUUGCACUUGUCCCGUGACUGACAAUAAAAUGACAAGCACUUGUCCAGUCGCUGUGGCUUCCACUGUGAUGACAUCGGUCCUAGCAGUAGCAGUGAUCGUCCUCAUCAUCUUGAUUGUGUGGCCAAGGAAGCAUUAUCGAAAGUACUCAAGCUUCCCAAUGGGACUGAGAAUGAUGCAAGCAGGCCAGGGGUAUGACAUCCAAGACGACGAAGAACAAGGCCAAGAAACACAGGGCUUUGCUUGUGCUGCCGUGCAGGAGGAUAGUGAUAGUGAUGGUCCUAUCAACUCUGUGUAA